GAAGACCUGGACGCUCCUGGUAGCGUGGCUAGUCCACCCCAGCCAGAACAUCUGCUACCUGAGCGAAAGGGGACUUCUCCAAAUUUAUGGCACCCUGAAGGCGGCCAAGAAAGCCCAGGAUUUUAGUGCCGGGAUCCUGGGAGGGCUCAGGACCUCCAGUCUGGAAGCCACUUUGGGGUCCUGGCCUUCAUGGAGCGGCUGAGGCACUGUCCAUCAGAACACCAGGCCACGGUGAAUGCUGUCCUGGCUGCCCUGUGCCGCCCUCUCUUCCACCACGAGGAGGCUAAGAUCCGAAGGGCAGCCAUGAGGACCCACCUGGAUCUCCUGCAGCACCGCCACCACCACCACAAGGGUACAGAGGAGAACAUCACGACCCUCAUCGCGGUGCUGAUGCAUGUGGAGGAUGAAGACCUGGAGAUAGCACAGGCUGCGAAGGACAAUCUGAGCCUCCUGGCGGAAGCCCUCCUAUGGCACCUGGAGGGCAGGCUGCUGGCGCGGGACUCUUACAGCCUGCAGGAGCUGCUCCACAAGAUCGCCAAGCGUCUGAUUCGGCAGCUCGGCACAGAGGACGCCGUGGAGAUGGAGGCCACCAAGAUCCUGGGCUUCUUCCACAGCGAGCAGCCCUCAGUGAGGAGAACGGCUGCCCUGCUGAUCGGUCACCUGGUCCACAAAAAGGGCAGCAUCCUCACUGAAGGGAACAUAGAGACCUUCCAUGCUGCGCUGGAGAGCUUGCUUGGCGACCAUGACCCCGAGGUCGGGAGAGUUGCCUGCAAGACAGAGAAGAUUGUGAAGAAGGCCUUUUCCCUCCACUCCCGGCACGGGCUGCGGGCUGCCGUUCGGCGCUUGUGGGCGGGCUGUAAGAAGAAGAGACACCCGCCAGAGUACGGUGAUCUCUCCACCUGACCGACUGGAACAACAGCCCCGUGCUCUCCCCUUGAAGAUCAGCAGCUGAAGGGAGGUUCAGGAAAGACCGUGCAGCGCAGGGGCCUCCCAGAAGACCUCCUCCAACCGCGUGGACACAAGAUCUGUCCACAAGAAGACAUCCAGCAGGGAAGUGCAGUUCUGUCUGAGGAGUGAGGGGGAAGCAGGCUCCACUCCCCUGGCCCAAAGAAGCCCCGCCUCUGGGGUGCAGAAGCCCCUCCCCUAGCUUCUGCUGCCAGGCCGUGGGAGGAGGCUACAGCACCACCCUGCCCCCAAGUGGCCCUUUGGAACCAUUCUUGGGCUUCCCUUGGGUCCGGGGAGGCUGUGUGGCCCCAGCAGGAGGGCAAGGUCACCGCCUCCCUCCAUUCCCACCAGCUGGCCAGGGAGCGCUCCCUCCUCCUUCCACCUUUCUCCCCUUCCCCAGCGGCCUGGCUUCCCCUGGCAGGGGAAGCCCCAUCCAGGCAUCCGCCCCCUCCCCUGCCGAGGGUGUGCUCCUCCCCCCCUCCACUCCCGCAGCCACGCCUCACUCCCCCCUCCGCUCCCUCCUCUAUCCUCUUCAAACCGGUGCAGCAGCAGAGGAGCCCGGGAGACUCUGGGGGCCCCCCGCAGCCCCAGUAGCGCCCCCUGGUGCUGCCCGGUGGCAGGCCAGAGAAUCCUCCUCUCCCUCCUGCUCCAUGCUGUGGCUGCACAGUGGGGAGCCCGAGGUCAAGCAGAAUUCUCUGGCUUGCCCCCCCCUCAACCCCCAGCCCCCUGCCCAAUCCCCACUUGCUGGGCUGCCGGAGUGGAAAGGGAGGAGGAGCAGGGCAACCCCACUGACGCUGCUUUGUGCUUCUUGCAGGCUUGUGCUGCUGCUGGGCGGCUGGAGGAGUCGAUCCGCCCCAGAAGAGGAGACCAAGUGAACGUGCCUGCAAGGAGCGGGGGUGGGGUGGGGUUGGGGGCUGGCUGGGACUCCCCCCAAUUUUGUUUGCCCUGCCAUUCCCUU